AUGUCGUCGUCUGUAUUGUUUGAGUCGGAGGCUUACAUAUCACAGCCGAUAGAUGUGAUUUUCCGGGAUCUCACAAUUCCCCAAAUAAACUCCAUCAGCAAACACUACAGGCAAAGAGCCCAGGAAGCCAAUGACCAGCUACAUGCUCUAGUAGGAAAUAAGUAUCGCGAUCUCAUUGAAAUUGCAGAGGAUGUUGGAGACAUGUACACCACGGCAAAUGAAGUCCGAGACCGUCUAGCCUCACUCUCGUUCCAGAAUUCACUGUUUAUCAACUUUGUUGUCCCUGAGGAGUCCAAUGCCAACAAGUUUGAACUCCUCACUCAAAAAUGGGAGGCCAAUAACAUUAAAACGUCUCAACAAUCAAGAAUCUUGAACAGCCUUAUCAAUAAUGUUUUAAUCAAGUUCAAUUUGAAACUCUUGUCGUAUGAGUCAUCACCAUUGAGAUAUACUUCCAAUUUCAUUUACUAUGCCAAAUUAUUCUACACCAUUGAACGGAUUUUCAGUGGUCAAUUGCAGCAAAACGCUUUGUUAAAUGAGACGUUUCAAAGUUUAAAAUUGAAUUUUGUCAACUAUUUGGAAUAUGAAUUAUCCAAUUAUAAUAGUUCGUCUGCUGUGAUUUAUUCCCAUGAUAAGUUCCUUAAAUCUCAGAGACUACAUGAGACUGACUUGUAUAAUCCUCAAUUGCAAUCGGUGAUUCAGCUAAAUGGCGACGAGUUGUUUGAUGUGUUUGAGGGACAAAUAGAUGAUGAUGAAGACGAUGAUGAGAUUUCGGAGUCAGGUACUGUAGAUUACUUGGAGGAGGACGAGUUAAAGCAUGAAUUUUACAAUAGGAAACUACCUCCCAUUGUGAACUAUUUGAUAUCUUAUAUCAUCAUCCAAAACUCAAAUGGUGGUGAUUGUAUAACUUCAGAGAAUACGUUGAAGAGAUUCAUUGAUCUAAGAUACGCAUUUAUGGAACUGAUAUUAGCAGCAUUUACUUCCAAGAAAUGCUCAUCAUCUCAAUUUGACUUUGGCAAAUUAGUGAUGUAUUUGGAGAAUACAUUCAAUUAUGUUGUUCAGUACUUUGAAGUUGAUUCAAAUGAUUUAAGAAAGUAUUUGAAACUAUACACCAAUGAUUGGAAUGCUUCUGAUUUAUUUGGGUUUAAAAAUUGGAUCGACAAUGAAAUGGUUACGUUUGAUUAUCACCAAUUUUUAGUUCCAAGCUCCAUAAUUCAAACAGAUUUCUGUCCAUUUUUCCAAUUGUUAUAUGAUUUUGUUUCCAAGUCAAUCUCUCAAACGCUGGACGUUCCUGAAGCAUUCCAGGUAUUUUAUAAUUUUGUUGUCAAUCUUAAGAGAUUAGAAUUGUCAACUGAAGAUUCUAUUUUGUUGAAAAGAAUGCAAUCAUUCCAAUCAGCCAAAACAUUGAAUUCGUUAUUGGAUUUGGUCACAGAUCAAGUUACCAAUUUCAUAAAUGACCAUUUAAAACUAUUACCGAAAAUUAACUACCAAUUAGAAGAGGAGGAAGGUGCUUCUUUAAGUAAGGGCUUAUUCACCUCAGAAACAUCCGAUCUAAUAUAUUCAGAUAUUUCUGUUUAUUUGGGUCAACUUGAUCAAAUUGCAUUAUCUCCGUUGGAUGAUCGAUUCUGUGAUCUUAUCUCCGAUUGGUUCUCCAAAUUUUUAACCAUUACAAACAUACUUGUGCUUUCUGAAAGUCGGCCAAACCUUUCUCAACCUCACCCACUGAGUUUAAGUCAUUUAAUGCUGGUACUUGAUAACACUGACCAUCAAUGGGAUUAUUUCACCUCUGCGGAUUUGGCUAGAGAAAUCACUAAAUUGGAAACUGGGAUAUAUCAGCAGUUGUGGGGCUCUCUUGAUCAAUUCCUUGGUUCAAUGCAAGAAAACAUUUCUGGUUUGACUACCUUGAAAGAAUUUUACUUUUAUCUAGCAAUUGUUUUAACGUUGGAGUCGAAUAUACUUCAACUUAGUCAGCAAGAAUCUAGCAUUACAAGCCAAUUGGAUCAACUUUCCUUGGACAUCUACAAAAAGAUAAUUGAGACUGUUCCUACUGAAACCUUGAUAUCAGAUAUUCAAUCCAUAUCAUUCUCAGUCAGUGCAUCUGAUAUUCCUUCCAGACCGUCACUAAAGCUCUCUUCGUUGAUGUACCAGUUCAACUUGGGGCUCACUUGUGGACACACAUACAAAUAUGGGAAAUUGUUUACCAAGAGUGAACAGUUUAUUAAGUUGAAGAAUGAAUGGAUGGAGAACGUUGUGGGAACGUUAAUUGAGAGUAUUAUUUCUACUGAAGAGGCCAAGCUUGAGGCGUCUAAUGACAAGCAGGACUCGGAAACAGAGCCUGAAGGACAGAAACAAGAGAAGAAAGAAACAGAAAGCAAUUUUGAUGUUCCUGAAUCUGACCCUAGGGUCGAGUCUGAGUCCAAAUCCGAUUCUGACUCCACAACUGUAAAUUAUCCAGGCAAUACCUCCGAAGAUUCAUACCUCAAGAGAACGGAAAAGUAUCAACUCUUUGCUAACAUGGCAUAUUUACUUCAUUUUUCAAAGGGCCCAUUGAGUUCAUAUAAGAAGGAACCAUUAUUAGACAAGUUGGUAUUGCACAUCAACAACACCACCGAGCUUUUGGAGACAAGCACAGCAGAAGUGAUAUUAAAGAGUAUUAAUGAGUACUACAAAUCGAAUAAAAACUUACUUGUUCCUAUACUGAAUUGCUAA